AUGCGGCAGGGGGUAGAGCUUCACCAUCCUUUGGGUAGCAGAGCCGCGGCUCUGAUCCAGCGAGCAUGCGUGCCAGCAGCCGCGCUCCGGGGAAGGGGCGGCGAGCUCCCGCUGGCCCCGGUCCAGGCCGCCUGUUCCGAGGCUUGCGUGGCCGACUUCUCCAGUCCUGCUCAGCCUCUGCUGCUCAGAGGCUCCUUCCGGAGAGAGGCUGGGUUUGGCAAGGUCCAGGAAUAG